CUCCCCUCCCUCUCGUCUUUCAGACAGACUGUUUUUGCUGCAGUGAACGGCAGCCGUGGAGAGAGAGGAAGAGAGAGAGAGAGAUAGAGAGACGGAGGAAAAAGCAAGAAAAACAAAGAGUCAGGAGAACAAGGAGAUUAAAAAGUCGAUAAAACAGAUUGAGAGAAGGCUCCGGACCAGCGACGGCUGCGCAUCAAAGGAGGGACCGUACUGAGGACCUUACUGGAGACCAGCGCCAACAAAACCCGACUCCGGAGGCGGAAUAUAACGGUGACACUCCAGAGCUCCUCUGCCCUCCUGAGGAUUCAGUGAGACAGGCGGAUCUGUGUGCCUAACCAUGGCCCUCCCAUCAGCCCCCUCCACAUUAUGGAGUGUCAGCUUAUUGACGGUACUGUUCGCAGCAGUGGUUCACAGCAACAUUAUCUUCGACGACGACCCCUUGCAGCCAGUGACCUCAGACGAGACGGUGUCCGUGGGAGGGACAGUGACACUGACCUGCCGGGUGCCCGAGAGUGAUAACUCCUCACUGCAAUGGUCCAACACUGCACAGCAGACCCUGUACUUUGGAGAGAAGAGAGCGCUGAGAGACAACCGCAUCCAGCUGCACCGCUCCACACCCACCGAGCUUUCCAUAACCAUCGCUGAAGUGCAGCUGUCCGACGAGGGCGAGUACACUUGUUCCAUCUUCACCAUGCCGGUCCGCACCGCCCGGGCUACAGUCACCGUGCUAGGUGUGCCCGGUGAACCUCAGAUCUUGGGCUUUGAGAAUGCAGUGCCGGAGGGGGGCAAAGUCACCCUGACCUGCACCAGUACAGGCAGCAAACCCCCCGCCAGGCUGCGCUGGUACCGAGGAGACCAGGAGCUGGAAGGACGUCCAGACGUGGUGGAGUCCGUUCCAGACGAUCCAACAUAUAACGUGAGCAGCGAGCUCACCCUGGAGGUGAGCCGCAGUGACGACAAGGCCCUCAUCACCUGUGCUGUCGACCAUCCCUCUCUUGCUCCGGGGGACAAGAGAAGCGAGCGCGCUCUGCAAGUGUUGUAUUCCCCUGACGUGCGGAUCACGCCCGAGAGCAAUCUGCCUAGAGAGGGGGAGAAGUUUCAUCUUCAGUGUGUGGGCAACGGCAACCCCGAGCCCACCUCUUACAGGUGGGAGAAGAAGGAUGGAGAGCUCCCCCCACUGGCCAAAGCCGACGGGGCUUUCUUGCGCUUCGAGAUGCUCAACAAAUCCGACAAUGGCGUCUACCUCUGCGAAGCCAGCAACGGCAUUGGAGACAGCGUGGGGGAGUACACCCUGCUGGUGCAAGGCCUCAUGGACCCAGACUCCCCAGACACCACCUUAUCCUUCCUUGGCUCUCCAUCCUCCCCCCUCCCACCCUCCUCUGCCCCUGACGUUUUCUCUGGCUCUGGCUCUGAUCCCACUUACUCCUCCUCCCACCCUUCUCUCCUCGCCUCCACCUCCUCCCCCGAGUCUUUCCUAGACUCCUCACCUUCCCCCACCCCCUCCGUGGCUGACGUGUCGACCACCGUCUCUGAAUUCUCCACCACCAGCCUCUCCAACGCCCUCUUCCCCGACCUGCCACUCUCUCCCUCCUCCUCCCUCACUCCUCCUCCCUCCUCCGCAAGCAUCGCUCCCUCCAAUGCCAACCCCUCCCCCGCCUCCUCCCUCACUCCCUCAGUUUCCGUCCAGCUGAAUGGAGUUUACACUUUCACAGAUGCUGCAGACAACAUUGCAGACCCCACAGCCAUGUCAACGUCUUCGGGGGUGGACCACGCCGUGAUCGGAGGGGUGGUUGCUGUAAUCGUCUUCAUCCUGCUCUGCCUCCUCAUCGUCCUGGGCAGAUACCUCAUCAGACACAAAGGAACGUAUCUGACCCACGAGGCCAAGGGCUCGGACGACGCCCCCGAUGCGGACACGGCCAUCAUCAACGCAGAGGGAGGCCACUCCGGAGCAGAGGAUAAGAAGGAGUACUUCAUCUAGACAGAGGGGGCGGGAGCGGUGGAGGAAAAGGAGGGAAAGCUGGAGGACGUGGAUUAGAGGAGAGGGGAGGAGCGAAGGGGAAAGAAACCUCCAUUUGUUUUCACGACGCUUCAGUUCUUCACUCGUUUGGAAGGGAUGAUGGGAGGGGAGGGGACGGGAGGGAAAGAACUGCAGUUGGGAUAAAGCGAUGAGUUGAGCUUCAACUGGUACUACCCUCUUUGCAUUGAUACAGGGAAGUGGGAUUUUUGCACUGACACACAGACGAACUGAAGACACACACACACACACACACACACACACACACACACGUACACACAGACACAUAUGUACAUGAGUCAGUCUUGAGGAAAACUCUUCUCACACAGACUUAAUUGCUCGUAGAUGUUCCGAUUAACAAGCGCGGGCCUCCUGCUGUACUAACACGUCUGAAUUAUCUCUGAAUGACACAAUAACACCUUUUUACACAAACAUCGUACUUCUAACUGUCAGCGCCUUCCGAAAAGCUAAAUUGUAACUCACAUUCCGGCAUCCCGAGCUCUGAUACUUCACUUCUCACACCUCGCCCAACCUGUCUCCUUCAACAUCUCAACCAAAACCAUCGGCUCUGCCUCUUCACGUCUCUGUCCUCAUUCUCUCCAUCUGACAAGGUGGUAUCCCUCUGCAAACAACCUACUGGUGGAGGCAUCCAUCCAAGGCAAAUUAUUACUGACAAACCUAAUCUCCCUCUCUCUCACAGUUUAAUCUUUUUACGCCAUCAAACCUUCUUCCCGCGUCCUCUCAAACCCGGGUUCAAGCCGUUGAGUUUCCCACAAUGCAGCACCACGACAUACAGCACUCAUGCAAACAUAGCAUUCCCGCCUUGCGCUACCAAGCCGAGGGGCUCCAGUAUACAUAUAUAAAUAUAUAUAUAUAGAAUUAUAUAGCAUUCUUUUUACAUGACGGAAAAUCUUUGGUGUGCUGUAUAUACUCGAUCUCUCUCUGUCCUCUCUCUGCCUUCUCUUCUUCUUCUAUCCCUCUUCUCUUUCUCUACAUAUCCCUCUCUCCUGUAUCUCAUACAGUCUGUUACUGCAUUACAGUAACUUAUAUACUCAAAAAAAAAGCCUGCCUGUUUUUUAUUACAUGCGUGGAAAUGCAGAGUCAAAACUAUCAAUAUCUGGGGAAAAAGUAUUAAAAAUAACGACAUUGAUGUUGCGAUGAAAACUAACCUUAAUUGCAAAUAUUUGUAUGAGGAACAUUGUCCUUCUCCUUUUUUUUUUAAUUCCUUUUGGUUUCGGGGAUUAAUGGGAGAUUUUCUCUCGUCAGUGUCUCAGUGUGGUACUGUCAGUGUUAACGGUUUACAGUGUCUGUCCAGGAGUCCGUACAUCCAUUUUUUUCCCGAGUUGUAUUUUGAUUUUGAGGUUUAACAUUUUGAUGCUAUAUUUCUUCACCUUUUUUUCGUCUGUGUGCCACAUUUAGUAUCUGCUCCCAAACACUAAACUGUAGCAAAACCUCUGUAGAAUGCAGCAGCUUUCGAAAAGGUGUCAAAGUGAAAAAGUAUUUUGUUCGAGCCUUCCUGGAGUAUCACUGCCCGGCACAUGUGGACCGCUGGGCUUUUCUUUCCACUCCGCCCUCUCUGAACAUCCAUCCUGCUCCCUGCAGCAGACUGCUUGUCUUUCCGAGUCCACCUGGCACUAAAGUCAUUUAGUAGUGACAUCAUAACUUCCUUUUAAGAAGCGGGCACGCUCGCUGCUUGAAAAUGCUUGCUUGCUUACCACUACGGGGCUGAACAGGAUUGCCUACAUGCAUUAAGACAAACUUCCUGGCAAAAAAACAACCCUUCCUGUUAUUGUUUCUUUCUGUGUGUGUGUGUAUGUGUGUGUUAUUGCAAGCAGGAAUCUUAUGCUAGCUUAGCAAAAGGUUCCCAUAAAUGAACAGUGUUUUAUUAAGGUUGGGAGUUCGCAUUGGAGCUGGCAAGCUCCACUUGGCCCGGCCCGGUCGUGGAAAUUGAUUGCAAUCUAAAUAAGAGGCUCUGGGCUCCAAACGGUACACACGCCAAGGUUUGGCGUUGGUGGGCAGAGUGCCCGAGCGGGAGUCUGGGCUCCACUUACACUGAAGAAAGUCAUUAUUGAACGUAAAGGUCUUUUUACUUUCUCUCUCUCCCCCCCCUGCUCCACUCGUCCAUUUCGUUUAAUUCUUUAAUCAGUCAUCUCGUCUGCGUCCUGAUCCACCUUCACCCGGUCUCUCCUCCCCUCAUCCCUUCUUCCCCCUCCAUGCUUUCUCUGUCUCAUUCGGUCCUAGACGUACAGUAGAAGUAGCGUCUCUCGGUUUCCUGGCGUGCACCGAUGGCUCUCUGCAGCCCUUUUUGGGCUGAGUGUUAGGAGAGGAAUCCAUUUGCUGUUGUCAGUCCUACCCUUAGACAGUGAUGUCUGUGAUAGUUUUUUUGUACACCCUUUUUUGGGAACGUUCAGGGAUUGUGCUUUUCGUACCUUUCCCCACAUUGUCGUUUUAACCGCAACCUAGCUAGCUGCUUUGACAGAAAGUGGCCCAGCUGGUGUGUCUUUAAGCUAGCUAUACUACAAAAGGGACCUGAAACAGGGUCAUCUGCUGUUUUUCUUUUCUUUCGUGGAAUCUCGGUUUGUUAUUUGGGGUGGCGCUGUAGUAAACUUGGCUCAAACAGUGCUCCUUUGGAGACUGCUCUUACAUGCACCAGAAAACUUUAAACGAACCAAGAUGAAUAUUUCGAAAAACUCAAACCGUUGCUUGUCCCAUGUUUGCUCUGCAAUACUCUUCAGCUUUACACAGUAUUCAUGUCUGCAGACCAGAGGAUGGCUUUGUCUCGCGGAGCUUAGUGAAGAGAAACCUUUGAUUUGUACUUAACCCUAGUCCAAUUCUGCUGUGUGAACAGAGAAAAGGAACACCGGCCUCAUACUCAAUAAAGUGUAGUGUCUUUCAAAAACUACUGGACCUGUAUUUGCCUGUAAUUUAUCGUCCUGUCCUUCGUGUUAGUUAAUGUGCUAGCAUGUAGCUUGCAUGAGAAAAAGGUUGGAAAUGUAGAUAGUGUUGGAGAUGAGAAGUGCCGACGAGAAUCUCUCCGGAGACGAGAGCGGCGGCCUGCUGUCCUCUGAUCUGCAAACAUACGGCGCGUCCCAGUUCAACCCGCCUGUACCUCCUUAACACAGCAGUCCCCUGGAUGCACUGGAAAAAAGGCCACGCAAUGAACACAAGGCGGUGCUUUUUGCUUGCAAUAAGUUAAAAAAAUCUGCCAAUGGAACAAGUGGAAAUUCACUCGAUAAGAUUUCUUGAAAUAAAAUGAAAGAAGAUGAUAUUCAAACAAGAUGAUUCAUCUUUUACAAAUAACACAGCGGCUUAAAAACUGAAAGAGAUGUCGAAAAAGCUUUUUUCAUCUGAGUCUGACUCAUAACGAGAUGUCUUCAUCAUUCUUUCAUUAAACAAGAUAUCUAAGAUGCAUCGUCUAAAACAAAGUCCCCACGUCUCACUGAAAUAUCACUCGUUAAAUGAUUGUCUUUUUUUAAGUGUUGUUAGAUAUUUUGACUAGAAAUUAGAUGAAUUUACUUGUUUUUUUUGCAGUGUAACUGAUGAAUUAGGACUUAUUCCGCUUUCCCCCCCCAACACUGUUGCGUUAAACCUAUGUAGGGGUACGAUAGCGUUGAAUUGGGACGUGCAGUCAGUCCCGUUCAUAUUUCAUUGCAUCGAUGCAGUAAUGACUAGCUGUCACCAGAUGCCAGCAAACAGCAGCAUCUCUUUACCCCCCCCCCCAUUCCACUCUCAUCAACUCCUCCUCAGGCAGUUGCACACUCGCUGCCAGUCAUUGCUUUGUUUUGGUAGUAAAAACAAAUAUUGAUUUUUAAAUUAUGUUUUGUAAAAGGUGUGCAUACUCUUCAAAGUUUUACUUUCAGUUGAAGUGUUAAUCAUUUUCUUUUCUCUUCUUUUCAAUUAGAUUUUCCAAAGCUUGGAGGUUAGAAAUUUUUUUUUUCUUCUGUAUUUUAUUGUUUCAACAACCCUUUUUCUACAAUUUCUUGUAUAUAGUGUUGCCUUUACUGGAUACUCUUACAGGCGCACCCAAUACACACUUUGCACACACAUCCACACACAUAUCUGGAUAUGCACGGCAGGCAUGCGAUCUGUGUAUUUGUACAUAUGUGUGUGUUUGUGUAUGAGUGUGAGGCGUGUAGUAAUUGACCCAAGCAGACUCCGGAGACACUCUUAUGUGUUGCAUUCACACACAAAAAAUGUUCUUAUUUGGAUGAAUAAAACAACUUCCUUGUUUUCAGACUUAUUAUUUUGGGUGACAAGUCUUCCUUUUGAAUAAAUAUCCAUAUCACAUGAGAACAGUGCUGUCAUGUAUGUUCAUUUGUACUAUGGCUGAUGAUGUCAUCAAGGCGAGACCCAACCGCAUGCUGUGGUGGGUUUGCAUCUGUUGGAUGUUCAUACAGUAUUUGUUUUGUUUUUUUGUCAAAAUACCAGUUCAGUUGUUGACUUCAAUAAACAUGCAUUUGGGUUAAUUU